AUGGCUCAGACAUGGCGCCUGCCAGUUGCCUGCAUGCUAGGCUGUCUCGCAGCCAUCUUGAUUGUGAGGUGUCUUAACAAGCAGGAGAACGGCAGUGUCCUCUAUGGCUCAGCGUCGCUUCAGCUCAACUUCGAGCGGCUCGAGAGGAGAUUGGCAGCUCUGAGCUCAAGGGACAAGGAGGAGUGGCAAGGCAUCCGAGCUGUUGCUACAAGGGAGAGCGAGAAGGGGAUGGAGAUACAGUCGACACUGAACGAAGAGAAGCGGCAUAUCCGCAGGAUGCUUGCUAGACUUUCCAAGUCUGUUGAUAGAGAGGCAGCGCGUCACUUGAAAGACGACAGGAGGUUAUCUCAGACGUUCCAACGUUCCAUCAGCAAGGCAAUAGCUCGAACAUCUCUGGCUCUGAAACUUGUAGACACAAGACUGUCAAAGUAUGCAGAGACCACGAAAUCUUCGCUCUCCGAUCAGCUCGCAGCUGUGCUUGCGAUACGAAAGAAACUGAGGAUGAGAUUGAAGGAGCUGACAAGAAAUUUGAUGGAACGCGAACUGCAGAAUAUAGAUGCUGCAAAGAACAAGGAUGAAGGAGAUGAGGCUAAAGAGGCUCAGGCUUUUGACAAGAUCAUUCACGAUGCUAAGGAGCAAAGCGAGCAGAUCGUCGGUUCUCAUUCUAAGAUCCGGAACAAGAUCCACCAAGUCAAACGAGAACUUGACAUGAAAGAGGACCAAAUUCUGGGAGGCAUCGAUAGUCUCAAUGCAUCGCUGAUAGACGUCAAGCGCAAUGAUGACAAGAAGUUCUUGAGCUUGCAGCAGGAGUUCCGCGAGUCCAAGAUGAAGUUGAUGAACAUGCGGAAUCGAAUUAAGGCGCUGGAAGGCAACUACACAUCAACAGCUAAGCAUGUGUCGAGCAGUCUAGACCUCAUACGCCGUCAAUUGGAGCUAUCCACUUCUCAGCUUCAGCUGCAGAUUCAUGAUUUGAAUUCGAAUGUCUCAACAGACACUCAGAGCGUAUCGUCACUUCUUAAUGAGCUGAAGGAGAGCAGGGACACUGAAGAAGAGCGAUUGAGACAGCAGAUUGACGAAGAUCGGGACGCGGGAGCCAAAGAGCUCAAGGACUUGUCAAACAAGGUUGACUACGUCAAGAACCAACAAAACGAAUGGACUUCGAAAUCCAUGAAAUCUAUGCAAGAUGCUGUGAAUGAAAACAGAGAGAUGAAACAUCAUGAAGACGACAUCGUCAAUGAGCUGCGGGGAAAGAUAACAGCAGUGGAGAAGAGCUCUCAAGAAUUCAACGCGACGGCCUCAUUACAGUUUGACAGUCGCUGGAAGGAUCUCCAAGCUCAGUUUCAAAGAACCAAUUCUUCGGUGUCGGCGGCGCUGGUCAAAGCAAGAUCACAGGCAGAGAGUCUCUCCGCCAAGUUGCAUGAGAUGAUCCAGGAAGGUUCCCGCCGCACAGCUGCUUGUGCCGUGACGUCAUCGCUCCAGGAAUCCCGGGCUGAACUCGAAGACCUGAAGAACCAGGGCGACGUCGAGAGAGGAUCGAUCGAGAAGCAACUGAACUCAACGAUAUCCACCGCCAUCAAUCUGCUGGUUGCAUAUGAAAAUGGCGUGUCGGCUUUAGAAUCAGGUAGCUUCAACUGA